ACGGAAGGGAUGCAGAUGAGAGAGAGGGGAGAGCGCAGGGCGGUUUGGCCGUUCGUUGGACCAGGGUCGGUUCUUCGCUCGCGACCGCGGCUCUUCCUCGGGCAGCAGAAGCGGCGCGGAGGUCGGGGAAGUGGCCUGAAACUCCGGCGCUGGGUGAAAGAAAAUGGCCCGAACCAAGCAGACGGCUCGUAAAUCCACGGGUGGGAAAGCCCCCCGCAAACAGAUAGCCACGAAAGCCGCCAGGAAAAGCACCCCCUCCACCGCCGGGGUGAAGAAGCCGCAUCGCUACCGGCCCGGGACCGUGGCGCUGCGAGAGGUUCGUCGUUACCAGAAGUCGACGGAGCUGCUCAUCCGCAGGCUGCCCUUCCAGAGGCUGGUGAGGGAGAUCGCGCAGGAGCUCAACGCCGGCCUGAGGUUUCAGAGCGCAGCCGUCGGGGCGCUGCAGGAGGCCGGCGAGGCGUACCUGGUGGGUCUGUUCGAAGACACCAACCUGUGCGCCAUCCACGCUAGGAGGGUCACCAUCAUGCCCAGAGACAUCCAGCUGGCUCGCCGGAUACGGGGAGAGAGAGCUUAAGUGAAGGCAGUUUUUAUGGCGUUUUGUAGUAGAUUCUGUAAAAUACUUUGGUUUAAUUUGUGACUUUUUGGUAAGAAAUUGUUUAUGAUAUGUUGCAUUUGUACUUAAGUCAUUCCAUCUUUCAUUCCGUGUUUCGCUCAGGAUGAAUGCCAGAAGUGACUGUUCACAGACCUCAGUGAUGUGAGCGCUGUUGCUCCGGACUGACAAGUUGCUAAUAGGCAGAAGGGAUGGGUGAUAUUUCUUGCUUCUCAUGAUGCAUGUUUCUGUAUGUUCAUGACUUCUCGGGUAGCUAUUAAGGUACUAGAAUUGAUAAAUGUGUACAACAGGGUCCUUUUGCAAUAAAACUGGUUAUGACUUGAUCCAAGUGUUUAACAAUUCGGGCUGUUGAGUCUGACCAUACAUCUCUGUGAUAGAAUGUAGGCUUUUUCAAGAGUGAAGAUACAAACCUUAACCACAGUGUAACUUAGUUUCCUUUAAAAAAAAAAAAAAAGUAAACCUGGCAGGUAUAGAAUACACUAUGUGCAUUUAUAAUAGCUAUUUUGUAUAUUGUAGUGUCAACAUUUUCAAAUUAAAUUUUUUACAUUCACAAGUG